GGAGUUUGGAAAAUGAUCAAAAAGAAAAAGGAAAACUGAAAAGGAUUCAUUGAUGGGAGGAGGAAGAAGGGCCAAAAGAAGACCCUGGUUCAGGCUUUAGGAGCCUCAAUCAACAAUCAUUUCAAAGGGUUUUUUAUUUUUGUUUUUCACCAUGAAGAUCUUCAUUUUCUUCCUCAAAUGGGUUUCUCUCAAUCAUCAUCAUCUUCUUCUUCUUCUUCUUCUACUUUGUGUUUCUCCAUCUUUUUCUGUAGUUCCAGAAGACGAUAUAAGGUGCCUUCGUGGGGUUAAGAAUGCGCUCGUUGAUCCUCUUGGAAGGCUCAGUUCAUGGGAUUUCAAGAACACUUCCGUUGGUCAUCUCUGCAACAAAUUCGUCGGUCUUUCCUGCUGGAACGACCGUGAGAAUCGCAUUCUCAGCCUUGAACUCAAAGAUAUGAAGCUUUCCGGUUCGAUUUCUGAAGACUUGCAGUACUGUGUAAGCUUGCAGAAACUGGAUCUGUCCGGCAAUAGCUUUGCCGGCGCGAUCCCGCCGCAUAUUUGUGAGUGGCUUCCGUAUUUGGUUAGUAUGGAUUUGUCUAACAAUCAAUUUACCGGUUCUAUUCCGGCUGAUCUUGCUAAAUGUUCUUAUCUGAAUUCGUUGAUUUUGUCCGAUAAUGAGCUGUCUGGUACAAUACCAGUUGAGCUCACGAGUUUGGGUAGGCUUAAUAAAUUUUCUGUUGCGAACAAUCAACUCACUGGUACGAUUCCCUCAUUUUUUGAUAAAUUUGGGAAGGAAGAUUUUGAUGGGAACAGUGAUUUAUGUGGAGGGCCUGUUGGAUCUAGUUGUGGUGGGUUGAGCAAGAAGAAUCUUGCGAUUAUUAUAGCUGCUGGUGUGUUUGGUGCUGCGGCUUCUCUGUUAUUAGGUUUUGGGUUAUGGUGGUGGUAUCACUCUAGAAUGAACAUGAAGAGAAGAAGGGGAUAUGGGGAUGGGAUUAGUGGGGAUUGGGCUGAUAGAUUGAGAGCUUAUAAGCUUGUUCAAGUUUCCUUGUUUCAAAAGCCUCUUGUGAAAGUUAAAUUGGCUGAUCUGAUGGCUGCUACUAACAAUUUCAAUCCAGAAAACAUUAUAGUUUCUUCUAGAACUGGGACUACUUAUAGAGCUGUUCUACCAGAUGGCUCUGUGCUUGCUAUAAAGCGGCUCAAUACUUGCAAGCUUGGCGAGAAGCUGUUUCGAAUGGAGAUGAACCGGUUAGGAUCGAUAAGGCACCCGAAUUUGACACCCCUUUUGGGGUUUUGUGUUGUGGAAGAGGAAAAGCUUUUGGUUUAUAAGUAUAUGUCUAAUGGGACUUUGUCUUCUUUGUUACAUGGAAAUGAUGAGAUAUUGGAUUGGCCAACUAGGUUUAGGAUUGGUCUGGGUGCAGCUAGAGGUCUUGCUUGGCUUCACCAUGGAUGCCAACCUCCGUUUAUGCAUCAAAACAUUUGUUCUAGUGUAAUUCUUGUGGAUGAAGACUAUGAUGCUAGGAUCAUGGAUUUUGGAUUGGCAAAGUUGAUGGCUUCAGAUUCUCAUGACAGUAGUUUUGUUAAUGGAGAUUUAGGGGAACUUGGUUAUGUCGCUCCCGAAUACCCGAGCACCAUGAUUGCUUCUCUGAAGGGGGAUGUUUAUGGAUUUGGGGUUGUGCUUUUGGAGUUGAUCACUGGCCAAAAACCUCUAGAAGUCACCAAAGCAGAGGAAGGCUAUAAGGGUAACUUGGUGGAUUGGGUUAAUCAGCUAAGUAUGUCGGGUCGAAUUAAGGAUGUUAUUGAUAAAGAUCUUUGUGGGAAAGGGAACGAUGAAGAGAUCUUACAAUUUCUGAAAAUUACAAUGAACUGCAUUGUUUCUCGGCCGAAGGACAGGUGGUCUAUGUAUCAGGUUUAUCAGUCAAUGAGAGCCAUGGCUAAAGACUACAGUUUCCCUGAACCAGAUGAUGAAUUCCCACUUUUACUCGGCAAGGGAGAUAAUGAACCAAUGUAGCUCCAGAAAAAUAUAUGUGGAUGGAAAACAUUAUAUAGAGGACUUGAGAUUUCAACAUCUUCUGGUUAAAACUUGUUAGAAUGUAUGUCAACUAGAUUAAGGAGCCAUUGAAAGAUCAAAACUGGUGUCUUCUUUCUUCUAAAGAUCUGCACAAAUGCUGCCCUCCUUUUUCUCACCUGGUUGCUAAUAUCUACUCGUUUCGAUACCGUCAACUCUUCGAACCGUGUUUUUAUAUUCAGUUGGUUCUGUAUAAAUAUAUAAAUAUUUAAAUAUGUAUAUGUAGAAGUGAAAAAUGUCUGCUUCUAAGUUUGGCAUUGACUUUGAAACUUUCAAA